GGUUUUUUGACCUUCGCCCGAGCCGCAUUUGGUGCAAGAUCUUUGCAAGAUCUACAGGUUCAGGGAGUUGAUCUUUCGAUGGAGCGAAUCAUAAGAAGACCGGCCCUCGCACAGCUGACGGGGCGGCUUCGGCUCCUCUGCGAACAGAGGCAACGAGCGUUCUCAACCGUGGCAGAAGAGGCGACGUCCGCCGCCCUGCAGCAGAGCCCAGCGAUACAGUUUGACAUCGACCCUCAGGCGCUGGAUGAGGACAGUGCAGCUGUGGCAGAGUCGGAGACCAUCAAGGCCGUCACACCAAUACGGGUGAGUGGGCAGCACACACGUAUCGAUGACCAUGAGCUGACCUGUCUUUUUCUCUUUGCUGAUAUUGCACGGUGGCAGGCGUGGCAGGCGCCUCGGCUGCCGAGUAUCCAUGACCCGCCCGUCAUCCGCCGCCCUGGAGAGAUCGUUGAUGUGCGCACCAUGAUACGCAACUGGUGGGCCUUCCCAGGUCAGUCAAACCAACACAAAGAACAAGAGAUCAGCCAGACACUCAGAUGUUGUCUGGUUUGGUAUCUGCGGUGCGUGAUCCAUCGUAUCAGCUGUUGGGUUCAAUUCCAUCCUGGAGGUGCCCGUGCAGCAGUUUGAGGUGCUCGAGGGCGAAACACCAAACGACUCCGAGACAAUCGGUCGGCUACGCAGAGUGCCUAUGAGUGCUUCGGUUGCUGGGAGGGAACGUCCGACUCAUUCCCGUGUGCUCCUUUCUUUCGUCUCUUUUGUGUGGUUUGCCUGUCAUGUCAGUGUUGCCGAAUGACAUCUUCGGUCUGCCUAUUCGGCCAGACAUCCUGCAUCAGGUGGGGGGGAGAGAGAAGCCGUCUGUCACACACCUGUUCGUGUACCCGCCUUGAUGUGUUUGAUCAGUGCUACUGGUUCCACCGACGUGCACUGAUGGGGUGGGACGAGCGGAUGCAGCUCUACCAGUGGGAGGUACGCACACACGCACCAGACAAUAAUGCGACGACACUUAUGGAUGCGUCUGGUGCGUGAAUUGUGAAUGCAGUGGUACGGCUCGCACAGAAAGCUCAGAUCCCAAGUCAGAUCAGGUGAGCUAGGUCACGGAGUGACUGUGUCGAUGUGCUGUGCAUCGUUCGUCAUUCAUGUGCUCUUCACAUACACUUGUGCAGGAAUGUCUCGGAUUGGUCAGCGGAAGAUCUCCGGCAAGUACCUGGGCGUCAAGGCACACCCGCUGCGGCCACACGACUGGAGGAAAAAGUGCCACAAGAGACGUACGUACGCGACCCUGCCUGUGCGGAUAUAUGUGCUUGCGUAAAUCGGCUUUCCUGUAUGUGUGCAUUUGUGUGGUGCCUCCCUGAUGUGUGUGUGUGUGUGUCAGUGCUCUGGCUGGGUCUCAAGAACAUGCUCUCCGUCAAAUUUGCCCAGGUGGGUGCGACCAUCUGAGCUGUCGUCAAACGCCUGGAUGACGCGUGUGUGCGUGUGGUUUGUGCGUGCAGGACCAGCUGAAGGUUGUGGAUCACUUCUACCUCCGCUCACACAAGACCAAACACGCAGUCAGAUACCUAAGACGCAUCGUCGGUGAGUGAGUGCACUCACUGAUGGGGAAAUGGGUGGGCGGGCAGAUGGGCACAGCAGCUCAAUCGAAUCCCCCUCUCUCCCUCUGUAUGUGUGUGCAGGGAAUCGGUGCAACUCAGCGCUGCUGGUGCAUGAGGGUCGCGGCGACGUCAAUGACAACUUUCGAUGGGCCGUGGCGCACCUCACAGCCGUCAGGACGGAAAACGUGGAGGUGUGUGAAGACACACACAGAUGCAGACAGACGUCAGAGGGUCUAUCCAUGUCUGUCUGUGUGUGUGCAUCAAUCAGGGUUUGAAUGUGUAUCAGCUGCUCAAGUAUCGUCAGCUGGUCAUCACCGAGAAGGCGCUGCAGAAGCUCAUGUGGGAGAUAUACCACUACCCCGAGAAGAGGGGAUGGGUCAGAAGGUCAGACACACACCCACACCACCCGUUGCCCCCCUAUCCCACACAUGGCUGCCAUAAGUAAGUGGACCGGUGCUGUCAUGCCGUGUUUGUUGUGUUUAUGUUGGUCAGGGCGGCCACGCCGGACGGCAAGCCCGUGAAGCUGCCGAUGAAGGUAUGCACAAGCAUCGCCAUGCCAUGGGCAGGGCAGCCACAUCCAUAGUAUGGGUGGGGGCAUGGCAUACCCACUGUGGGUGUGACGGCGUCUGUAGGUGCCCGGGUGGAACAAGGAGUGGGUGGAGAAGAAGGAGCGUCAGAAGAACACGCAAUACGACAGGGUCUGCAGCUACACACACGAUGGGCAGCGGGCCGUAUGCGUGUGUGUGAAUCGACUCGUUCUGCCUGUUGGUCAUGUGCGUGUGUGUAUUAGUCUGCUUUGUUCCGCGAGCUGCGCAAGUGGAAGUGGAACUACGAAGAGCUCAAAGGACCGCUGGUAUGCAUCCCUCCCAUCCAAGCACACCCACCCACCCCACCGACACACGCACCAGCUCACAUGUGCCCAUGUGGUGUGCGAUUCAGAAAGUGCCGCGCCACGACCCAUUCAAAGGUACCCAAAGAAACAUACCAAUCAAUCAGCAACAUGUGUAUACGUGUGAGUGUGUGUUCAGAUUCCGUCCGUUUCAUCUGUCCAUGUACGCCAAGCGGCCGCCAUGGGAGAAAUUCGAGGAACUCUACAAGGCAAGGCAGACCAUUGCACUGCACACCACACAUCGAAGCAUACACAUGAUGACCUGCUCUGUGUGUGCGUGUGUGUCAGGACGACGAGCCGCUUGAAGAGGAGGAAGACCUGCAGGCGCUCGAAGACAUCAGGAACGCACUCGAUGUGAGGGAAGCGAACGAAGGGUCAUGACACGUCCCUUCCUGCAUGUGUGUCGACUCCACCUCCUGUCUGUCUGCAUGUCCGUGUGUGUCUUUCGUCGAUCCAUCAGGAGAGGGAGACGCUGCACACGGCGGACUUUGACGUGAUUGACGACACGGGCGAGCUGAGAUCGAGGUCACUCAGCGACAUUGCACGAGGUGGGUGCGUGAAGAUACAGACAGACACCCAAACCCAUCCAUCCAUCCAUCCACACGCAAACCUGUACGUGUCGGUAUGUUGCCGUGUCUUUCUCAGGUUCGUCAUCUGAUGGGUACCUCUCAGCCCGCCACAGCCGAGACGAUGAGGCCGACAAUGAGGAGGAAGCCGACGAUGAAGAGCAAGAGGCAAGCGACACUCACCGUACAUACACUCACCAAUCGGUGCAUUGCAUGUGUCUGUGUGUGUGCAGGGUGACGAAGGCGACAUGGGUGACGAAGGUUUGUCCGGCGAUGAGGAUGCGGACGAAGACAUCGAGGAUGCCGCCACGCUGCCACCUGUCGACCGGACAUAGGCUGGAUGGAACCAAUCGUGUGUUCUGCAUGAUCACGUGUGUGUUAAACUUUGUCGUGUUCGUGGAUGAUGCGCGACCCGAUGUUGGCUGCGAAGAGCCUGUAUGCAGUGCGUGUGUCAUAAUCGCGUCUGUCACUGUCCUCUCGGUCUUUCCGGUGCGACUCGACGGCGAGAUUUCGCGGAAAUGUUCGGCGAGAUUUUUCGCGCGAUGAGACACCGCCGAUUUACGAAUUUUGAUUUGAAGUCAC